GCUCUGCCGUCAUCCCCCCGCGCCGGGCGGUGUCAUGGCGGCGGUGCAGGCGGAGGGGAAGGCGGAGGCGAAGGUUCCUGCCAAGAAACACCAAGGGCUGGAACUCACCCGCGUCUGCCCCGGGAGCAGGGUCAGGCCCCACAUCUCUGCUCCUGCCAGCGCUGCCGAGCCCUGCAGCCACUGGAUGGUGCCAUCAGAGCGCUCCACACCCCGCAGCACGGGCUGGGCCAUUGCUCUCGGCUCCAGCAGAGGCAGAACUGCCUUUGGAAGCUGCCAGCGACCAACAAGAGCUGAGGAGCGGCUGCAGAAGGGCUCUGCUGUGGGGCUGAAGGCCAAGGGUGGUGCAGGGGAAAGGAGAGGCUGCAGAGCCUCAGCCCUUGGGCUUCUUUGAGAGGAGGUGGCGGUGGUGCCCUUGAGCCUGGCUGUUCUCCAGCCUGCCCUGCCCUGAACGGUCUCCACUGGCCUCUGCCGUGGGCACCAGCAGAGACAGGAUGUUCCUGCACAAAUGUCUGCCCCUGCUUCUGGGGCUAAUUCACUGAUGAGAGCUCUUCUGCAUCCAAAUGCAGAUCGUGUUUUACAGUCAUACAGUCACAGACUGGUUUGGGGUGAAGGGACCUUAAAGCUCAGCCAGUUCCAGCCCCUGGGUGCCCAGUGGCCAUGGGCACGAUGCUGCCGCCAUCACAAAGCCGUGGCGGUCGCUGUGGAGACGCCCAUUGUGACGGGGGCCCCCCCGGUGAGCGUGGGCUAUUUAAGGAGCGAGAGCCCUGCAGGAACCAGUGCAGAGGAGACCCCUCCGUCGGGAGGCUGCAUCUCCCCUGGCUGCCCUGCGCAUCCAGGUGUGCGAGGCCACGGAACCCGUCACCGGAGGCAACGGGAGAUGACAACUGCCCCACGGAACACAAGCUACCGGUGGAGGAGGCAACAGCAGCUCCUCUGGUGGUUCCCGUCUUGGUGUCUUGGUGCCGGUGACGCCUGUGGACGCACGAGCGUGGAACGAGGUGGGUGGCGAUCGUGUUCUUCGGGUGCUUUAGGAGUUCCCAAGAACACCUCAAGUGACUUCACCAGAGUCGCUGCUUUGGACUCGGUGUGCGAGUUCCUCUGGCUGAGCCGGCAGCCGAGUGCUCCGGCUGCCUUAAAUCCUGGGAUCUCCCUUCAUUUCUUGUGGGGAGAACAAGGGCCUGUGGGGACAGGACAAGGGGGAACGGCCUUAACCUGACAGAGAGGGGAGAGUGAGAUGAGAUCUCAGGCAGAAG